UGGUGUUUGCUAGCCAUGACAGCAAGCUCUUUAUUUUCUCAGGAUCUCCAAACAUGGGUGGAUGGUGCUAAUGAAAAAGGCUUUGUCCUUGUUUCAUUUGGAGCAGGAGUCAAAUACUUGUCAGAAGAUAUAGCACAUAAAUUGGCCCAUGCUCUGGCAAGACUUCCUCAACGAGUUAUUUGGAGGUAUUCAGGGAAGAAACCUAGGAACUUGGGUAACAAUACAAAACUCAUAGAAUGGUUACCGCAGAAUGACUUACUGGGUCACUCUAAGAUUAAGGCCUUUCUGAGUCAUGGUGGUCUGAACAGCAUUUUUGAAACCAUGUACCACGGUGUACCUGUGGUGGGAAUUCCUCUUUUCGGAGAUCAUUAUGACACUAUGACCCGAGUGCAGGCCAAAGGCAUGGGAAUAUUACUAAACUGGAAGACUAUUACUGAGGAUGAAUUAUAUAAAGCACUAGUGAAAGUUAUUAAUGAUCCCAGCUACAGACAAAGGGCCCAGAAGCUGUCUGAAAUUCAUAAAGACCAACCAGGCCAUCCUGUUGAUCGAACAGUCUACUGGAUUAAUUACAUCCUUCGUCAUAAUGGAGCACAGCAUCUACGUGCUGCUGUUUUCACAGUCUCUUUAUAUCAGUAUUUCUUAUUGGAUAUUGCCUUUAUUGUACUGCUUGGUACUGCCUUACUCUGCUACGUUUUGGUCAGGAUAGCAAAAUUUAUCCGCAAGCAAAGCAAACAUCUUUGGUCCACUGAUGAACAUACUACCAUUAAUGGACAUUACCAAAAUGGGAUACCAAAUGGCAAGUAUAGAAGAAAUGGCCACAUUAAACAUGAAAAAAAGGUGAAAUGAGCCAACUUCCCAAUGUACAUUAGCAGCGAAUCAGUUCUAUAACUGAAUUUUAUAGCUGUAACUUAGUCUAACACCUACUUAAAGCAAAACAAUAAACAGUUCUAACGCUCCCCUACA